UAUAUCGAUUUAUUUUUCUGCGUAUACAGAACAUACUUUCCUUUCAUUGUAUUCCAAAAAAAUAAUAUUUUUAUAUACCUGCGGAACCUUACAAUUGCAAAAAUGUGUCGCUAAAGUAAAGUGGACUUAAUAUACUAAUUGUUCGGCAAAUAAUACAAAAAACCAACCACGAUAAAGAAAACCAAAUAAGUAUUCCUUGAUUGCUUUGAAAUUGUUUGGCGAAUCAUGGAGGAUCCAAAUCGCAUGUUGGCUCACACCGGUGGCAUGAUGGCUCCCCAAGGAUAUGGAUUGUCUGGCCAGGAUGAUGGCCAGAAUGCCGGCAGCGAGAAUGAGGUGCGCAAGCAGAAGGACAUCGGCGAGAUAUUGCAACAGAUAAUGAGCAUUUCGGAACAAUCACUUGAUGAGGCUCAGGCCAGAAAACAUACACUUAAUUGUCACCGGAUGAAGCCGGCCCUAUUCUCUGUACUUUGCGAAAUCAAGGAGAAGACUGUCCUCUCGAUUCGCAAUACUCAGGAGGAGGAGCCACCAGAUCCACAACUGAUGAGAUUAGACAACAUGCUGAUUGCUGAGGGCGUGGCAGGACCUGAAAAAGGAGGUGGCGGUGCAGCGGCUGCCUCCGCAGCUGCGGCUAGCCAAGGUGGAUCCUUGUCUAUAGAUGGUGCUGACAAUGCCAUUGAGCAUUCCGAUUAUCGUGCAAAGCUGGCACAGAUUCGUCAAAUAUAUCAUCAAGAAUUGGAGAAAUAUGAACAGGCAUGCAAUGAGUUUACUACGCAUGUCAUGAAUCUUCUACGGGAACAGAGUCGUACGAGACCCAUAACACCAAAGGAAAUUGAACGAAUGGUGCAGAUCAUCCACAAAAAGUUUAGUUCAAUACAAAUGCAGCUAAAACAGUCAACCUGUGAGGCUGUAAUGAUCCUUCGUUCACGUUUCCUAGACGCACGUCGCAAGCGCCGCAAUUUCAGCAAGCAGGCAUCCGAAAUACUGAACGAGUAUUUCUAUAGCCAUUUGAGCAACCCAUAUCCAUCCGAAGAGGCCAAAGAGGAGUUGGCACGAAAAUGUGGCAUCACGGUUUCUCAAGUGUCAAACUGGUUUGGAAACAAGCGUAUUCGCUAUAAGAAAAACAUAGGUAAGGCACAGGAAGAGGCCAAUUUGUAUGCAGCCAAGAAGGCAGCCGGUGCUUCACCAUAUUCCAUGGCUGGUCCUCCAAGUGGGACAACCACACCCAUGAUGUCACCCGCUCCGCCACAGGAUUCAAUGGGUUACCCAAUGGGAUCUGGUGGCUAUGACCAGCAGCAACCUUACGAUAACAGCAUGGGCGGAUAUGACCCAAAUUUACAUCAGGAUCUAAGCCCCUGAGGAUCAGGGCUGUGAACCACUCCGAACCCUCAUACAAUUGCGGUCAAAAUAACUGCACUGAAAAUCUAUCAUGCAGUUUCUACUUAAUAUUAUGUACGUUCUCUUUUGAAAGAAAUUCGGUUUGAAUGUGCUUUUUUUUUUUUGCUAGGACCAACAAUCCUUUGAUAAACCUUUACGGUUUUUAAUUCUGCUGUCUUUUUUCUGAGUCAUAAGUUUAAAAUUUCCAUAAAUUUAGAUAUAGUUCAGAUAGACAUACGUGAAUAGAAUUUAAAAUACGUAAUAGCUAGUUUGUGCUUGAUAGAUUUUGGUUGAUGGAAAAUAUUGCCCUCCUAUUAAACCUAAAUAUUAGUAUUCUAAUAAUAUUAUGUUUAAAGUGGCACAGUCUCGUUACUUGCUAUUCAACAAUCGUAAUCGUAACUUUUUAACGUUGCCCAUCUAAAUUUCUUUGCCAGACAAAAAGAAAAAUACGAAUGCUUAUUUCAAUAUUAAUUUGAAUGCAAACAUGUUUGUAGCAUGUAAAAUGUAAAAUAAAUAAAUACGUAAUAUUUUGUUUAGGCUAUUAUGAUUAUGAUGUCAAUGUUUCUUCGUGACUUGAAAGAAAUAAUAAUCAGUACAGACUUUUUCUGUAGGACACCAUUUAGCUUAUAUAUAAUAACCAUCGGAAAAUCAUAUUCAAAGAAACUCAAUUAUACUGGUAGUAUACGAAUAUUUUCAUAAGGAAUGAAAGCACAAUUUUCAGUGCUAUUAUUUUGACCGCAGCUGUGUAUAAAUAUAUAUUUUAACACAUUUUACCUACAUUUGCGGGUAUAAACAAAUAUUGCAUGUGUAAAUCAUACUAUGACGGUUCUUUUUUGGCUACAGUACGUAUACGACAGCAAAAUAGUGUUUACUAAAUUUAAAUCUGUACGAAAUUUUUAACUUGAACAAUACGAAACUAAACCAUGUAUACGAUGUAUAUCAAAUAAAUAAACAAUACAUGUUGUUGUUAUCCGCACA